AUGGCGUUUCUCUUCAAAAGCAGGAGGAACGCGCCGCCCGCGUCGGGCUUACCCCCUGCCAGUCGAAAUAUUCAUACCUCCGACGGCACUCCCACCCCUGCCUCUUCGGGCCCGAACGGUUCAAUAGAUAGCACAGGCGAGAGAUCAACGCAAUCCCCUCCUCCUAAUUCUAAUCCCUCUUCCAAUCCGAAUGGAUCCAUCAGUUCAAUGAACUCGACCUUGGUCGGUGGUCCCGCUUACCCGCGGCGCGAAAGAUCAGAAUCAGAAUCUGGGACACGACCCUCAACGGCUUCACAGCCGACUCAAGUUCCCAAUGCUGCCCUGUAUCCCUGGUCGCAGCGGCGGUUGAAUUUCCCUACUCCGCAGUCCAAUCCUUUCCCUCGCUACGGUGCGGCCGUGAACGCGAUUGCCUCAAAAGAUGGUGACAUUUAUAUCAUGGGAGGCCUCAUCAAUGGUUCCAUGGUCCGAGGCGACUUGUGGAUGGUCGAGUCUGGCGGUGGAAAUCUCUCCUGUUAUCCCAUCGCAACAGUGUCCGAAGGACCCGGCCCCCGCGUCGGACACGCAAGUUUGCUGGUUGGCAAUGCUUUCAUCGUCUUUGGUGGUGAUACCAAGAUGGAUGAUAACGACGUGCUUGACGACACUUUGUACCUGCUUAAUACUUCUUCUCGACAGUGGUCCCGGGCAUCGCCUCCGGGUCCAAGGCCUUCUGGGCGGUAUGGCCAUACCCUCAAUAUCCUGGGCUCCAAAAUAUACAUAUUUGGCGGUCAGGUUGAGGGUUACUUCUUCAAUGACUUAAUAGCCUUCGAUCUGAACGCUUUACAAAACCCCCAAAACCAGUGGGAGUUUCUGCUGCAGAACACGGGCGACGACAUUGUCGGCCCGACCGCGAAAGUGCCUGCUGCAAGAACGAAUCACACCAUUGUCAGCUAUAACGACCAGUUAUUCCUAUUUGGAGGCACCAAUGGCACUCAAUGGUUCAACGACGUCUGGACCUACAGUCCCGUCGCCAAUGUCUGGACGCAGCAAGACUGCAUUGGAUAUAUUCCUGCGCCCCGUGAAGGCCACUCCGCCGCUUUGGUCAACGACGUCAUGUAUAUUUUUGGCGGUAGGACUGAAGAAGGCACAGAUCUUGGUGAUCUGGCGGCCUUCCGCAUCUCAUCAAAGCGAUGGUACACCUUUCAGAACAUGGGCCCGUCGCCUUCACCUAGGUCUGGUCACAGUAUGACAGCGUACCGCGACAAGAUCAUCGUUCUCGCUGGGGAGCCCAGUUCCGCGCCCCGAGAUCCUGCAGAGCUCAGUAUGGUUUACGUACUAGACACCGCAAAGAUUAGGUAUCCAAACGAUGCACCAGCCACCGGCCAGCCUGCAGAUUCGAGGCAGCCCAGCAGCCCAACUAGACGACCAAGCACGGAAGCCAGGUCUGUGAUGCCCAUCCGCUCAACAUCUCGAGAAGGGGCAAGGAGUCAGAAUGCAACUCGCGAACAGUUCUCAGGUGGUCCGGUCCAACGGCCAGACCCCGCCGCCCAAAACAACGCACAGUCACGACUACCACGGGCCUCCAUGGGACAGGCGCCGGCUGGACCUCCACCUCAAGGACAAGCGCCAACACCACGUGCAAAUGGUGUCCAUUCUCCUCCAAAUGCGCCGAACGGGCCGAAGGCGAGGUACAAUGGCCCUCCACUCGACACAAGGGGUGCUGCAGCUGGUCCUGAUGGAGUUCGAACCGCACCUCCAGAUGGGGUGAUACAACCUCCGGCAGUGAGAGAUGUUCAAAAAGAGAAUAUCAGACCUAGCCGGGAAGGCAGUCCGAGCACUUUUGGCCGCAGGACUCCAACUCAACGGACAGAGUCAAAAGCAAAAGCCAUGGAAGCAGGUGAAGCAGCUCCUCUCAUGGGUAGCGGGGUUGCCAGACAACGAUCACUAAGAUCCCAAAGAGCCCAGAGCUCCAUUGAUAGCACCGAGGACGGGUUGUUGGGACGCUCGUCAUCGGGCAGACAUCAUGGGGAACCACAAGGUGAUAAUCGAAGCUUACGUAGCAUGCCAGGCGAUGAGCCCAAAUCUCCCAAGAUGAAUGCCCAUCAAGAGGCGCUACUGAAGGAGCUGGAAACCGCGAAAAAGACGAACGCCUGGUAUGCCUCGGAAUUGGCCCUGGCUCGUAAGCAAGGCUACCACCCUGGCACCUCCUCCAGCCCUACUUUCGACGAUCGUGCCGUCAGCCAAGUUGCGGAUGACGAUCGGCCGCUCAUGGAAGCAUUCAUGAUGAUGAGGACCGAGAUUGUCAAGAUGCAAGAGGCUAUGGAGUCACAAGCCUCAUCCAUGGCAAGACGAAUCGCCGAGGUCGAACAUCAGCGCGACGCCGCCGUCACAGAAGCCGCAUACGCAAGAGCCAAGCUUGCGGCUCAUGGCGGAAGCCAGCGCAGUACGCCUCAGCCGGACGCGACGCGUGAACCCGAUGAGCAGGAACGUUUCACGGACCUUACACGCCGCCUCGCAUUGGCUCUCGCUGCACAGUCUGAGCACAAAGCUAAACUUGAUUCUUUGAACAACGAGCUUGCUUCUGAGAGAAAAGCUCGAGAGUUAGCAGAAGAGUCUAUGGACGCCCUGCAGCUCCGCUACGAUGAGCUGAGCAAGAAUCGAAAUCCGGCAGAACUUGAAGGUCUACGCGCGGAACUACACGAGGCUCAGAGCUUAGCUCGAGCCGAGGCAGGCCGCAGAGCUGAAGUUGAAGAAGAGUUGCGGACACUGCGGAUCGAUCACGACAGCUUGGCGAAGACACACGAGGACGCAGCGUCUCGGCUAGCGAGUCAUACUGCCUCCAUGGCAGCUUUGGAAGCCGCCGUUGCCGCAUCAACUAGCAAAGUAAGCCUUUACGAACGCCAAAUUGAGGAAGAACGCAGUCAAAGAGAAGUUGCUGAGAGAAAGCUAUCUCAACUGAGAGCCGAGCAUGAGGACAGGACCACGGAACUAGAAUCCGUCACGAAGCGGCUGCAUGAUGCCGAAGAGUUGGCUGAGACUCACGCCAGAGAAGCUGCGACUCAUCGCGAGGCCCUUCUCGCCGGUCUAGCCAAGCUGUCAUCUUCCGACACCGGCUCUCAACAAGACGCUGUGGCCGAGCAGAAGAUGGCAGCUCUUCGCGAAUCCGCGGAGCAAGCUUCGAAUUUGGCCAAGCGCAAUCAGGAAGCUGCGGAUAAGGCUGCACAGAAGCUUCGCAAUGCCGAAGAGCGGAUUGCCGGGCUGGAGGCGUACCAAGAGCAGUCCAGUCGCGAGGCGCUCCAGAUUCGGCGACAAUUGCAGACAGCUUUGCGAGAUACACAAAACUAUCAAGCGGAGAUUCGAGAACUACGAUCUAACCUCGAAAUGCAUCAACGAGACGCCAGUGCACUCGCGGUCCAACACAGUGCACUCAAGGAUCUGUUGGGUGAGCGCGGCAUGAACGUUUCCGACGUGAGACGGUCGCCCAUAUUUGAUCACUCUCCCAGCUCUCGUUUUGGCACACCGGAGCAAGCUCGGCUCCGAGAACUUGACCAGCAGUUACAAGCCAGUAUCAAAGCCCACGAAGAGACAAAGAGUCAAUUCGAGGCUCGUAUGCAAGAGGCUGACAGCACCUACAAGGAGAAGCUGGAGCAGCUUGAAAACGAUUAUCAGUCUGCUGUACACUACGUCAAGGGCACUGAGAAGAUGUUGAAGAAGAUGAAGGAGGAGCUCACCAAAUACAAAUCCCAGAACGCUCAGCUGACGGGCGAAUUGGAGACUGCUCGAAGCACGAGUGCGGCUUCCGGCACAGCGGCAGACACUUCGGCCUGGGACGACGAACGGAGGCAACUCCAAUCUUCCAUUGAUGAGAUGAAGACGCAGACGAACGAGCAAAUUGCUCAGCUUGAAGCGAACAUUACUUCGCUGAAGUCGGAUCUUGCAACCAUACAGGCAGAAAGGGAUCGGCAGAAAGCCAGCUAUGCGGAACUCUCUCAAACCGCGCAGAGACUGAGCACGGAACUGGAACAGCUCAAGUCGGAAAAUUCCAUGCUCGAAAAACAGGCGGAAGAGGCAGAAAGCCGUGUGACAAUGCUCCUUGAUCAAGUGGGACAGUCUGUGGGAAACUACCGACGGCAAUCGCAAUUACAGCCGGUGGCCCCUGGGAUCAAUGUGGCCGGGCACAACCGAGAGGAAAGCACCUCGACGCUAACCGAUGUCUCGGUCAACGAUGACGCCUUGUCUCCGGACGAACGAGGGUCUAUCGCACUGGACAACCUGGCUUCCGAACUUGAGACGCUCCGGUCUCAAUGGGAGAGUACGAGCAGGAACAAUUAUCGGCUCAGCACAACUUUCGACUCAGAGAGGACCCCUACAACCGAGAGCCAUGGGGCAGAGCUGAGUGAUAAUCUCGCCAACUGGAGACGACGACUCGAAGAGGAGGAAAAUGGAACAAGAGAAACGUCGGCAGUCGUUUGA